GCCUCACCCCCUGCAAUGACGUCUCGCUCUCCUCAUCCACUGAUUGGCCAGUACACCCCAUUCGGUCCCGCCCAUUCUGAUUGCGUCACUCCCCCUCCUCAUCAACGGCGGUUGGUUGAGAGGGAACAACAGAAACUGACAGCAGCGCGCGACUCCAGUCACGUCAAGGGGAAGAUGGAGCAGCACACAGGCGCCGUGGACUUCAACAUCUUAUUAGCCACUGACUCCUACAAGGUCACGCAUUACAAACAGUAUCCACCCAACACUAGUAAGGUGUAUUCUUACUUUGAGUGCCGUGAGAAGAAGACAGACUCUACAAAGCUCAGAAAAGUCAAAUACGACAAGACGGUCUUCUAUGGGCUUCAGUACAUUCUCAACAAAUACUUAAAAGGACAGGUUGUCACACCAGAGAAGAUUCAGGAAGCAAAGGAGGUCUACCGGGAACACUUUCAGGAUGAUGUUUUCAACGAAAAGGGAUGGAAUUACAUUUUGGAGAAAUACAAGGGUCAACUGCCCAUCGAGAUUAAGGCUGUGCCGGAGGGAAGUGUUAUCCCGCGUGGUAAUGUGUUGUUCACCGUAGAAAGCACCGAUCCGGAGUGCUACUGGCUCACUAACUGGGUCGAGACUAUCCUGGUUCAGUCCUGGUAUCCCAUCACCGUCGCAACUAACUCACGAGAGCAGAAGAAGAUUCUGGCCAAGUAUCUCAUGGAAACGUCAGGAAGUCUGGUGGGACUGGAAUAUAAACUGCAUGACUUCGGCUACCGAGGGGUUUCAUCUCAAGAGACGGCUGGUAUCGGCGCAUCUGCGCACUUGGUAAACUUCAAAGGAACAGACACUGUGGCCGGGAUCGGUGUUAUCAAGAAGUACUACGGCACCAAAGACCCGGUUCCUGGUUACUCAGUACCAGCUGCAGAACACAGCACAAUCACUGCCUGGGGAAAGGACCAUGAGAAGGAUGCUUUUGAACACAUUGUCAAGCAGUUCCCCUCUGUGCCCGUGUCCAUCGUCAGCGACAGCUACGACAUCUACAACGCCUGUGAGAAGAUCUGGGGGGAAGAUCUGAGGAGUCUGAUCGAGAUGAGGAGCGCAGACGCACCGCUACUGGUCCGACCAGAUUCAGGAAACCCUCUAGACACAGUGCUGAAGGUCUUAGAGAUUUUAGGAAAGAAAUUUCAUCCGGUUGAGAACUCUAAAGGCUAUAAAGUGCUUCCGCCCUACAUCAGAGUCAUUCAGGGUGACGGCGUGGACAUCAAUACUUUACAGGAGAUUGUAGAGGGCAUGAAAAAGCACAGAUGGAGCAUCGAGAACAUUUCUUUCGGCUCAGGAGGAGCUUUGCUGCAGAAACUGACCCGAGAUCUGCUCAACUGCUCUUUUAAGUGCAGUUACGUGGUGACGAAUGGACUUGGCGUAAACGUCUUCAAAGAUCCUGUUGCAGACCCCAACAAAAGGUCAAAGAAGGGUCGGCUUUCUCUUCACAGGACGCCAAGUGGAGAUUUCGUCACUCUGGAAGAGGGCAAGGGUGAUCUGGAGGAGUAUGGAGAGGACUUGCUGCACACUGUGUUCAGGAACGGGAAGAUUGUAAAGACGUACACCUUCGAUGAGGUCAGAGACAAUGCCAAGCUGAAGGAGAGCGAAGUGAAGGAUCUGCUGCUCUGAGAUCCUCCAUCAGUCCUCUCUCUCUCUCUCCACCCAUCAUCCACAGACGUGAGGACAUGUGCCCACACAGUUACCCCACCUUCAGUUCAGUGUACAGAGCUGAUCUGUGUUUCUGUCUACUGACUCCACUAUGCUUCAAUGUCUCCUUCUAAUGGCGGAUGAGAGCAAUUGUCAUGCUAUUUAAAUCAUGUAACUGUGUAUUUGACCAAGCGUGCUAUUGAUCACACGUCUUUGCAGGAAUGGAGACGUAUAUGUGUGCGUACACCGCGAGAAGAUGUCGCUUUGCUUGACUGUAGGAUUGAAAGGUAAUCGUUCAGUGUUCGUUGAAUGUGAAUGUUGUGUGUAGGGUUUUCACUUUAUCAAAGGAUUAAUCUAUUCCUUUAUGCAAAGGAGAUGGCUGAACUAGAGGGAUAUGUUCAUUCUCUUUUGUUGGCUUUGUUUGUCCUUUCUAUUUUCAUUUCAAUGGUGAAAUUCGCAAGAACAUGUUUAGCUACGCCCUAAAAUCUAAAGAACUGAAUGAGAAACUUAAUUUUGCAUAAAGGAAAUAAAGCUUUCAUGUUUAAGCACAUUUUACCAAAAAUUCUCAGUGUCCAGAUUUUUAAUUUUUUUACUGUAAUUCUCAUUAUUAACCAUUCUUA